UUGACCCGCUACGACAAACCGUUCCGGGGUUAUUCAAGGUCAAAUUCGUAUCCACCAGGCCGCCCUCCCUUUGGUAUGUACAUUUCUAUAUACAUACAUAUUGCGUAUGUACAGCAGCAGUCUGAGAAAAACAGUAAGAGUAAUAGCAGCGCACUGAAAAUAGCAUUUCUUGCUCGUUUCAAAGGAUAAUCAUUUAAAUUGGGAUUUACAUAAGUAAAACAAAAUAGCAGUUCUCAUAUAACAACAAAGGACAAAAUCAUGGAUGGAAUCUGGAACUCUCGACGGUCUCCUGUCUAUGCAAAAAAUGGGAUGGUUGCAUGCAGUCAACCACUCGCUGCGGAGGCAGGGUUAGGUAUUCUUAAAAGGUCAGGUAAUGCGGCCGACGCUGCGAUCGCUGUAGCUGCUGCUCUGAACGUUACCCAACCAACUUCAACAGGCCUUGGCGGAGAUGCGUUCUUACUCUACUAUGAUGCACAAACUAAGCAAGUGAAAGGACUCAAUGGCAGCGGUCGAUGUCCAAGUGGGGUUUCUAUUUCAACUUUCGAAGAUCGAGGGUUCAGUGAGCAGAACCGCCCUCCUUCUGUAAACCCUUUAUUUAUUACCGUUCCAGGAGCAGCGGCAACAUGGGUUGAUACGAUUGAACUGUUCGGAAGUGGCAACUUGACCAUGGCGCAAAUCUUAGAGCCAGCCAUCGCCCUGGCCGAGGACGGGUAUCCUGUCGGCCAAGUGACUGCAUACUACUGGCAAAGAAGCGAGCAGUUAUUGCGAAAUGCAUCCCCGAACGGUGGGGAAAUGCUUUUGAACGGAAUCGCCCCAAAGGAAGGAGAAAUCAUGAGAAUGCCCUAUUUGGCGGAGACCUUUCGAACACUGGCCGCGAAUGGGAAAGCAGGUUAUUACGAGGGAAGAAUAGCACAGGCAAUUGUGGACGUUGUAAAUGAGUUGGGAGGAGUAAUGACACUGGCAGAUUUGUCCAGCCACUUCAACACUCAAGAUGUUCCCAUUUCCGUGAGUUAUCGUGGAGUCGACGUCUAUGAAAUGCCUCCCAGCGGCCAAGGAAUUACAGCCCUGCUUGCCCUCAACAUUCUCGAGGGUUUCUUCUUGAACGGGUUAACGCACAAUAGUGCCCAACAUUUGCAUCUGGUCAUUGAAAGUCUUCGAAUAGCAUUUGCAGACACGCGAUUUUACGUCGCAGAUCCCGAAUUUGUAUCGGUUCCUGUUGAUGGAAUGUUGUCUAAGACAUAUGCUGACCAAAGAAGAGGUUUAAUCAGCCCAGAAAGUGCAGCUGUGAACAUUGACCACGGAUUCCCUCCAAAUGUCUCGAAUACCGUCUACUUUUGUGUCGUUGACGGCCAGGGGAAUGCAGCAAGUUUUAUAAAUUCCAAUUACCAAGGAUUCGGUACUGGAAUUGUUCCUCAGGGGUGUGGCUUCACGUUACACAACCGAGGCGAUAAUUUCUCUCUGGAUAGAACUCAUGCUAACAGUCUGCAGCCAGGGAAAAGACCGUACCACACAAUAAUACCUGGAAUGGCACUGAAAGAUGGAGAGCUUUUUUCUCCUUUCGGGGUAAUGGGCGGAUAUAUGCAACCACAAGGGCACCUUCAAGUUAUAAGUAAUAUGAUUGAUUUUGGAAUGAACCCACAACAAGCAUUGGACGCUCCUCGAGUCUGCAUCGAUGGUGGCACAGCCGCUGGACAGAUUCUUCUUGAGGAUGGAAUAACUGAAGAAGUUCGCCAAGAACUGGAAAGAAUGGGUCACGCAUCUCCCACGAUAAUAACGGGAUGGAGCAGAUCAGAUUUUGGGACUGGUCAAAUAAUUAAGAGAGAUCCAUUAUCAGGGGUCCUGGUAGCCGGAAGCGACGCAAGAAACGAUGGACAUGCCGUGGGCUAUUGAAGAUAGUUAUGUAACUGCUUCGUGUUGCAGAAUGACAGAAAAAGUUAAAUAUGCUUAAUUGGUAAAUUAUCUUUAAUGAAACUAGGACAUUCAUGUGCUCCGCUUACACAAUAAUAUUUACGUACAACGCCAUAUUACAAUUCAAUCAUAAAUUAUAUCCAAGUCUAAUAAUCGCAUACGUCAAAACGGUUCAAUAAAGUCAUUCGUAAUUCAAUAAAUGCA